CUCCUACGACCUUAAAUGGGGAACAUUACUUCACAACUGGUAUUAUGAGGUGCUAGUCAUUCAUUAACCGUGAUAACAUAGAUGAGCGGAUGGUUAAUCUUACCCCUUAACGAUAAAAUCUCGGCCGACCGUUAGUGGCGCGUUUCACGCAUUGCGAUCUUAGAUCUAAACCGUUUAAUCAAUUGCCCUUCUUUAUUUCGUUUAACAAUAUCAUGCCUAUAGAACUUCCCGCUCUCACCGUCGCCGACGCAGCCGCGUGGUUGAGUUGGCUGUCUCGGAAUGGUGGCACGUCUAAAGGUGUUUGGCUGACAUUGGCCAAGAAAGGCGCGAUAAAGCCAACAUCGCUAGCCUACGCCCAGGCGCUCGAUGAGGCAUUAUGUUAUGGCUGGAUCGACGGGCAGGUCCGUGGAGGGCAAGGCGACACCGUGAAUGUAUGCUACACGCAACGAUUUACACCACGAACAGCACGGAGCUCCUGGUCUAAGCGCAAUGUUGAACAUAUAGCGCGACUCGAGCGCGAAGGUCGAAUGACGGAAGCUGGGCGACUCGCUGUAGAGGCUGCUAAGGCGGAUGGUCGUUGGGAGGCCGCGUACGCCGGACAGGCUACAGCGGACCUUCCACCUGAAUUCCUUGCCGCUGUAGCCGCUGUCCCCACUGCUCAAGCCACCUACGACACGCUGACACAGCAGAACCGGUUCGCUAUCUAUUACCGCCUGACUGCCCUAAAAACCCAGGCCGGACGCGAAAAAAGGAUUGCUGCCUUCGUCGACAUGUUGGCGCGUGGUGAGACACCAUAUCCGCAGAAACCGCGCACGCGAACUUCAAGUCCCAAAAUAUCGAAAACUGCUUCGGUUGCUAAAAGAGAUACCCGUACACCGAGAGCUCGAUUAAUUGUUGCGACGCGUAAAUCCGCGCGUCUAGCCCAACAAACAGACUGAUUCCUUUUAUACACUAUAACAACAAAAUAUUUAAAUUCGUACCGCCUGUUUAGGACCUAACUCACUGAUAUUGGCGCAGCUGAACCGCCGAUCGCCCUAUGGCUCCGCGUAUACCCCCUAUAAUAUAGAGGGUAGAGCUUCGAUCUUA